AUGACUCUACCUUCCCCUUUUGAACAGGGUCUACGAGCUGCUCUCGAGAAGCGUCGCCACGAAGGACAGUAUUGGGGUCUACCUUUGGCAAAUCAGCAGAUAAAUUGUAUUGAUUUCAAUUCCAAUGACAGCCUCUCCCUUCUCACCUCCGGUGCAUUGCGAACAGAGCUGCUCAAAGAGCUUGAAAGAAAUCCCGACUCUUUGAUUGGUUCUGGUGCGUGCCGACUCAAUGGUGGAUCAACCAAUUACAUGGUUGAGUUAGAGAGAGAUCUGGCGCAGUUUCAUAACGCGGAGGAUGCAUUGUUCUUCAACUCAGGCUACGCCGCCAAUGUUGCCAUUUUCAGUACUCUGCCUCAGAUCGGCGAUGCGAUUAUUUACGAUUCUUUGGUCCAUGCCAGUGUCCAUGAUGGAAUCAAACAAUCCAGAGCAUCGAUCGUGAGAUCAUUUGCGCAUAAUGAUCCUGCCUCUUUAUCUGAGCUUCUUGAGGCGAUAAAGACCGUGUCCUCUAUGAUUCAGAAUGGCACGCGAACAGUAUUCAUUGCUCUCGAAUCUUUUUACAGCUUGGAUGGAGAUAUGGCUCCCGCGCACGAGUUUAUUCAAGUGGUUCAAAAAUCUUUGACUCAUGGGAAUUUUCUCUUCACUAUCGACGAGGCUCAUUCGAACGGAUUAGUUGGACCAAAUGGCGCGGGAUACAUAUCUGCCUUAGGUCUUGAGCAACAUUUUGCUUUACGACUCCACACAUGUGGAAAAGCGCUAGGCUCAGUUGGAGCAAUUGUUCUCUGCAAUCCCCUCGUGAAAGAAAUGCUUAUUAACUACGCGAGAAAUUUCAUUUACACGACUGCUCCACCAUUUCUAAACCUAGCAACUGUCAGAUCAGCGUACAAGAUUCUUGCUAGUAAAGACGGCCAACAGAGAAGAGACCGCCUCCAGGAAAACAUACGGUGUUUCUAUGACAUCUUCCAUAGACAUGAACAGUGGCAAAAUGUCUCUGAGUCUGGCCAUCUACGACUUCUCAACACAGGUGACUGGUACAAUACUCCAUUUAUCGCUCCUAUUAUUCCACUUAUUCCAAGGCCGGGUCGGUGUGUUGAACUGGCCGAGUUUUUGAAAAAGAAAGGACUCAGUACUGUUUCCUUGCAGCAUCCAGUGGUCUCCAGGUCAGCAGAGCGCGUGCGAGUAGUCAUUCAUGUUCAUAAUACACCGGAGGAAAUCAAGAUUCUGGUGGAUACAGUAAUGAGAUGGGCUGGAGAGCAAAGUCGAGGAAGCGGGGCUCGGCUUUAG